AUGGCUGAGUUGAGGUUUACAUCAAUGUUGUUGCCUGUUUUGGUGCUGCUACUUGUGGCGGCGGCCGCGGCGGCUUUCGGCCAGAAUGGUAGUACGGACGGCGGCGGAGGGAGGCCGGCGAUGGUGCCUGCCAUGUUCAUAUUUGGAGACUCUUUGAUUGAUAAUGGGAAUAAUAACAAUCUUCCGACGUUUGCAAGAGCUAACUAUUUCCCUUAUGGUAUUGAUUUUGCUGAUGGCCCAACUGGUCGUUUCUCCAAUGGAUACACUAUUGUUGAUGAAAUAGCGAAGCUCUUAGGACUACCCUUAAUUCCUCCGAGCGCAGCUCCAGCAACUGGACCACUACGCGGACUAAAUUAUGCGUCGGCUGCUUCGGGAAUCCUCGAUAUUACUGGAAGAAACUUUAUCGGUCGCAUACCCUUCAAUCAACAAAUAAGGAACUUCGAGAACACGCUGGAUCAAAUAACCGGCAACCUCGGCGCCGCCACGGUGGCUCCCGUGGUGGCUCGCUGCAUAUUCUUCGUUGGAAUGGGCAGUAACGACUACCUUAACAACUAUCUAAUGCCUAAUUAUCCUACCAGAUCUCAAUACAAUAGCCGGCAAUUCGCCGAUCUUUUGACCCAACAGUACACUCAGCAACUCAGCAGGCUUUACAACCUCGGAGCUCGGAAGUUCAUUAUCCCCGGUAUCGGAACAAUGGAGUGCAUUCCCAACGUAUUAGCUCGAAGCUCCGAUGGAAGAUGCUCGGAAGAAGUAAGCCAGCUCGUUCGAGAUUUCAACGCGAACGUUAGAAUAAUGAUUGGAAACUUGAAUGCCAAUCUUCCCGGUUCGAGGUUCACUUACGUUAAUAUUGCUCGUAUGAAUGGUGAUAUCCUUGCAAAUCCUAGAGCUUAUGGAUUCACAGUGGCGGAUCGUGGGUGCUGUGGGAUUGGGAGGAACAGGGGACAGAUAACAUGUCUUCCAUACCAAAUGCCUUGUCUGAAUCGAGACCAGUAUGUGUUUUGGGAUGCGUUUCAUCCAACUGAGAGAGUGAAUAUCAUCAUGGCAAGAAGGGCUUUCAAUGGCGACAUGUCCGUUGCUUACCCUUUUAACAUACAACAGCUUGCCAAUCUUGAUAUCUAAGUACUUGGGAGCAUAUACAUGCUUGUGUAUUGGAUGCAAUAUAUCUACUUUUUUUGGGUUUUGGAGAAAGACGAUGUAUAUAUAGCGUCGAGAAAGUUUAAG